GAAGUUGAAUCGCCGUUGCCGCCGAGCGGAAAGUGUUGGAUAUCAACCGGAAGACAACACGUAACUCCUUCGUGUGCGUCGCGGACCCCGGCCUGCAGCGUGACGGCCGACAUGAGCGUGACUCUGGACAUCCGGCUGAAGAGAGCCAACAAAGUGUACCGCGACGGGCUGAUCAGCGACGUGCUUUUACUUUAAAUACAUUAUGUCAUUUUGAGGAAGUGGUGGCCGGCGUCAUCCUGCUGGUGUGUAAGGAGGCGCUGCAGCACCACGGCAUCGCCCUGACGAUGGAGGGGCUGGUCAACCUGCAGCUGAGCUCCAAGAGCGUUGGCGUGUUCGAGGCGUUCUACAACUCCGUCAAGCCCAUCCCGCUCGUCAGCAGUGUAGUGGAGGUGGCGAAGGCCGGCAAGAUCCCGGCGGGGAAGACGGAGAUCCCCUUCGAGUUCCCUCUGAGCGGCAAAGGGAACAAAGUUCUGUACGAGACGUACCACGGCGUCUUCGUGAACAUCCAGUACACGCUGCGCUGCGACAUGAAGCGCCCCCUGCUGGCCAAGGACCUGAGCCGGAGCUGUGAGUUCAUCGUGCACAGCCAGCCUCAGAAAGAGAAAGUGGUGCCGGCGCCGGUCCACUUCACCAUCACCCCGGCAACGCUGCAGAACGCCCGCGAGAGGAGUUUACUCCCCAAGUUCCUGGUCAAAGGUCGUCUGGACGCCACCAGCUGUGACAUCGGCCGGCCGCUGACCGGCGAGCUGGUGGUGGAGAACUCCGAGGUCCCGGUGAAGAGCAUCGAGCUGCAGCUGGUCCGGGUGGAGACCUGCGGCUGCGCUGAAGGUUACGCCCGAGACACCACGGAGAUCCAGAACAUCCAGAUCGCCGAGGGCGACGUGUGCCACGGCCUCGCCGUCCCCAUCCACAUGGUGUUCCCCCGGCUCUUCACCUGCCCCACGCUGGAGACCACCAACUUCAAAGUCGAGUUCGAGGUGAACGUGGUCCUCGUGCUUCAAGACGACCUCCUGAUCACAGAGAACUUCCCCCUGAAGCUGAGCCGCGUCUGAAGCUCAAGAACUCUGAAACAUCGUGAAUAUAAACAUCGUCACACAGAGCGUUCCUCUUGUUAGUUACUAUAAAUGUUUUAUGAUUAUGAUUUACUCUAACUUCACUUGUUGAUAUCUGUAUGCUUGACUUUUAAUGAACUAAUAAACUAACUUUAUUAAAAUGA